ACACAACUCACCAGCCACAAUGUCCGUCACGCUUCACACGUCGCUUGGCGACAUCAAGAUUGAGGUCUUUUGCGAGAGCGUCCCCAAGACAGCAGAGAACUUCCUGGCUCUCUGCGCCUCCGGCUACUACGACCAGUCGCCCUUCCACCGCCUGAUCCCCAAAUUCAUGGUGCAAACGGGAGCGCCCGCCAACCCGACAGCCGAGAACCCAAAGGGCGGCCAGUCGAUCUGGGGCGGGCCCUUUGAAGACGAGAUCCGGCCCGCGCUGAGACACAGCGGCAGGGGCUUCGUUUCCAUGGCCAACAAAGGGCCCGGCACCAAUGGCUCGCAAUUCUUCAUCAUCUUGGACAAGGCGCCUCAUCUAGAUGGCUUGAAUACCGUGUUUGGCAAGGUGAUUGGCGACGAGGGCCUGGUGACGCUGGCCAAGAUGGAAGCUGUUGAGGUGGAUAAGAAGAAUCGUCCGAAAGAGCCGUUUCGAAUUGAAAAGGUGACGAUACAUGCGAACCCGCUGGCUGAAUAGAGAGGAGCUGCGAAUCCCGAGUCGUUUGGACAAGGGGCGGGAAAAAGAAACUAUACGGAACGAGGCCGUAGUCGAGAUCAGAUGUUUCACCAACAAGAGCUCGGCUGCGGAAAUCUUGCUUCUAAUGGCGUAAUGCAACGCUGGCCGAGGCCUUACGAAGCGAGCUUACACUACUUUGUAGCAUUGGAAAAGUCGAAGAGUCUAGCAUUCUUGCAAAGGUUACAAUUCUGUUUACCGUCGGAGGCAUAGGAAGGUAAACUCUGGCCUAUUGCUACAGAGUCUCAAAACUGAGAAGACGGUACGCCAUGGAACCGGAAGCAGGGGAGGAGGAUACGGGAUUCAACGAUGAUCCCGGCAGAUUGACAGACUUUUACAUGACAACUGGCCAUGACAUUCUCAGCGAGCGAGUCCGGAUUGACAGUCCAUCGGCAUUAUACCUGAAAUGUAUAUGCGCUAUAUGAAAUAGAAUGAUAUGAGAUAAUA